AUGGUGGCCAAGCACAAGACUAAGUUAUCCAAGAAUUUGCUGCACAUGAAGUUUACGCAAAGGGGACUGGACUCAGAAACCAAGAAACAACUAGAAGAAGAAAAGAAAAUCAUCAGUGAAGAGCACUGGUACUUGAAUUUGCCAGAGCUUAAAGAGAAAGAGAGUUUCAUAAUAGAAGAGCAGAGUUUCUUGUUAUGUGAAGAUCUUCUCUAUGGAAGAAUGUCAUUCAGAGGAUUUAAUCCUGAGGUUGAAAAAUUAAUGCUUCAGAUGAAUGCUAAGAACAAAGCAGAAGUUGUUGAAGAUGAAACGGUGGAGCUGGCUGUGUCAGAUGAAGAAAUAGCUAGAAGAUACGAGACCUUGGUGGGGAUAAUUGGAAAAAAGUUUGCCAAAAAAAAGAUAUCAUGCCAAUUAUGA